AGCAACUCUUCACAACUAAACCACCGGCCAUCAACAAUUGAUUCCAAGAUGAAGAUUGAUCUCAACUUUUCUUUUUUCCUUUGUAUUAUUUUCACAAUUAAUUCAAUUAUUUGUGAUGAUUUCAAAUGCACUGAGAGGGGUAAAGUCGGUGAAUUAAAAGUUCCAAAUGUUCUCAGUUUGAUUGAUAAACAAACAGGUUAUCGUUCGUCUGUUGAAAUUUCAUCUCCGAUUCAUUAUAACACAUUGGUCCAUGAUUAUUUUGAUGUGAAAAACAAUGUUGGAUAUAUCGACUUGGAGCAGACCAUCCAUAGUACAAUGAGUCGUAGUUAUUAUUAUCAUUCAACAGAGGAAAAGAUUACUAUUGGUGCAAAAACUUGCAAAAACUUGGACUUAACUCAGAAUGAGAAGAUCGAAUCAAUCAAAGAUUGGUUUGAACCAAAAGAUAUUGUCGCAAGCUCAGAUAUGUUUAAAGAUUUGGUUCAUUUGGGACCAACAGUGUUGAUGAUUUAUGCCAACAGUAUUAGUGAUAAAGCUUCGUUCAUAGGAUCCGAACUGAUUGUAGGUCGUGCUGUUAAUCAUUGGUUUUAUUGUUCUGAUCCUAAUGGACCUUACAUUGACUUUUACUUUGAUGUUAAGACCUCUUUGCCCUAUCGGUUCUCGUUGUAUUAUCCUGAAUGGAUUGAGACUCAGGAAGUCAUUUCAGUAAAUGAAACAAAAAUAGUUAAAAAGCAAGUUGAUUCCGAUUCUAAAUAUGUUUACAACUAUUACAUGUUCAAACCGUUGGUGAUAACAUCAGAUGAAGCCAUCCAAUUUCCAUUGGGUUAUGGGUGUGCUCGAAAAGGUGGUCGUGCAACCACUCCAUUACCAGAUUUUGGUCAAGUCAAAAAGUUCUCUAUGGACAUGGAAACGAUACUCACAUAUCAUGAUAGUGACCCGAUCAAAUCAACUGCUCGAGUCAUGAAACGAGGCGAUGUUUUUUCAUUCGAAAUUCAAGAAGAAACUGAUUUCGUUCGUUUCAUUGAAAUGCCUCGUCCUUUAGGGCGAUUCCAAGUGGAUGAACACACUGGUCGAUGCAAUUAUUUAACAGCAGAUUAUGGGUAUUAUGAAACACUAAUCACUCGUUGGCCUUUCCAUCAAGAUCGUGGCUUCAAUCUAUUGUCUUAUCUGGUUAUGAAACCAACUCUUAAACUAUAUUAUGGACCACAAUUCAUUGGUGAGAUACCUUUAGGACCAGCGCGAGUGAUGAAAUACAGAGCUCCUGACUUCUUCGCAGAUAAAGUUGAUGCUUUUGUCGAUUACUUUUACACACAGAACACCAGUGAUUCUGUUCCAAGUAAGAUCGUAUUCACUCCAGAUCGAAAUGAUUAUUAUUAUGAUUCCAUUGAUGCCCCAACUCAAGUUGAAGUAACCAUAGUUAAUUACCAAGACAGUUACAUUGAUUUUGAAGAUCGAUUCGAUGUUUCUGGUUGUUAUGAAGAACCUGGAAGCUUUACUUGGUUUCAACUCUUCAUUUCAAAUCCUUGGAUGAGUGAAUACAAUAUGGUAACAAUCAAGGAAUCAACAGAAGAAUACUUGACAUCAUUCAUUCCGAUAACUCGCAUUGGUGACAUCCAUGUGCAAGAAGUUGAUUCUAAUGUAUAUGUUACUGUUAAGCUUUAUGAUCGUGUACAUUUCAUUGAGACUUAUCGAUAUUCGACUCAACAAACGUUGAUGCGUCCUACAAAUAUCAUGCAAAGAUCUAAAGUCGAAGACUGUGAACAACUGUGCAGUGCAAAUCCCGACUGUUAUAAUUUUAGUUAUUGUGACGAUUAUGACUGCUCACUUUAUGCAAGUCUUCGUGGUAUCCCAUCGACAGAAUUCAAAUCAAAAUGCACAUACUAUAAUAGAGCAAGAGCGGAGGCCACUCAUUUAGUCAGUGAAAAUUAUUUGUCAACAAUACCACACGUAUUACAUCAGAUAAGGAAUAAAGUCUCAGCAGGCGAAUUUCGUUUAGACAAUGUUGACCUAUCAGUCGAAGAUUUGUUCAUCGUGAAUGGACCUGAAGAGAUCGGAGAUAUUUCCCAGGAACUAUAUACAAGUGGUUCAAGACCUUUAAGAGCUGAAGAUUUUCCGAUGAUCAAAACCGACCGUCUUUUCAAGGAAGCACAAUUCAGGAUCGAGAAAAGUACUCUUCAAGAUUGUUUCAUGGCUUGUGUCAAUGAUGAUGACUGUAGUGCACUUUCAUAUUGUGUUAAUACGAAUAAGGAAUGUAUUCUGAGUGGAGAAACGCCGAGUUCAUUGAAAGAAACACUUGAAGAUAAAACAAGUCAUGCAGAUGGAUGUAACAUCUAUCAAAAGUCCUUUAUGAAUCUAUUCCAUGAGUAUCCUGGCAAAAGUCUAGUUCUGGAUGCCGUCUCAACCUUAUCUAAUGUACCAAUUGGUGAUUGCGCUAAAAGAUGUGCUCAAUCAAAUGAUUUCAGUUGUGAAUCAUUCGAUUAUUGCCAAGAUAAUGGUAAAAGAAAUGAAUCGGUUUGUUUCUUACAUGUUAACCACAUUGAGAUAGACAAAGCUCAUCAAAUAAAUGCAACAAACUGGAAGUUAUCUAAAACCAAUAAUUUUUAUUGCUAUUCACUAAUUAUUCAAUCUAUUACUUUGACAGAAAAAUCUGAACUUGAUUAUGAACAUAAAGUUGGACUUUCAUUGAAAACGAAAGAAGCAAUUGUUGGUACCUUUGACCAUUUAUCACUAGAACACUGUGCUUCCAGAUGCAAUUCAGAUCCUAAUUGUUUCACUCUCGAGUUUUGUCAAUCUAUUGACUAUGAUCGAGUUUCCGAUAGUAGUGUUCCAUUGACGAGUUGUUCAUUGACAAACUUGAAACCAAGCAAUGCCAAUCAAACUGGACUAUUUGAAGAAACAAAAAGCACUAAAAAAAUUUGUUCAAUUUACAUAAAUCACAAUAAGAUCAGAGGAAAAAGCAAAACUGAUCCACAGCCAUCGACAUUAAUAAAACCACCUGAAUCACCGACUAAAUCAAAUAAUUUGAAGAUAGCAUUUGGAUUGGGGACAAUAGUCUGCUUAAUGGCCUUUGCUGGUGGAUUCAUGGGAUUUAAAUUCGCUGCUAAAAAAGGAGUCAUUUCAUAG